GCAGAACAUGAGCUAAAAUCAAUUCUUGCAAAAUGCGUCUUCUGGGAACGGGGAAUCCCCAACCUCUUUUCUGUGUGUUAGUGACGUGUGUAGAGUGUAGGGCAGUCGAGGAAGCCAACUUAUUGUGUAUUUGUUAUAUUAAAUGGCUUGAAUGGAAAUAGUAAAAAUCCAGAACCUUUUCUAAAUAGUCUGGACACAAAAUGAUAUACAGAAUUGAAACAUGUUGUCUUUUUUACUUUUUUUUUACGUCUGUUAUGAUCCAUGUUCCUCGUAGCUGGAGUAUUUCUGACCUGUAUGGUUAUCUCAUAGCAUUAAAUUGAUCGCAAUGUCAGAGCCAAUUACUAAGGCUCGUGGCCUCUAUAUUAAGCUACAUCAACAUCAAGCAUUUCUCACAGACAGAGAUAAAGAGAAUCUCACAUUGGAUAUCAGAAAAUUCAUCUCCAUUUCUAUCAAAGAGAUAUCAUCUCAUGAAGCUUUGUAUACAAAUUCUGUGCUGCUGCAUAUGCUAAAAAUAGCAGUAGCAUUGCGUUCCACUGAUAAUGAUGAUUUGAUGCCCAUAGCCAGAGCAUUUGACAGUUUGGAAAAAUAUUUAUUGCUGUUGGUGGAGCAGCCAUGGAAGCCAGAAUUCAGGAGGAUUAAGACGUAUGGAGGAUUUUAUAGAACAAAAAUCAAAUAUGUUUUACCUGAUUGUGAUACAAUAUUUGAGUUGGCUGGUUACCAUCUUUUCAGUGAAGGUUCAUUGAUGAUUUUUAAUGGCCCCAUCCAGAAAAUUAAACUGCUACUUUUAGCAUUUGACUGUAAAGUCAGUAGUACCCUCUGUACAAUGAUUGUGGAACAUUAUCACAGGAUGAAAGGCUUAGGGCUUUGUCUAGAUGAUGCUGUAUCAAAUUUUAUGCAAAAUAAAAAUAAUGAUUAUCCCCUAGUUAAAAGUGUACCUCAUCCUAAGCCAAACAUUGAUUUUAUCAAUGGUCAUCUUAUAAACUUUGACUCACAAUUUGAUCAGCUAGAUAUCACACCUCCAGCUAUACCAAAGAGACAGCCUUUACCAAAUGGUUCUAAUGGUAGAAAGUCAAAUGUGCGACAUGAAUCUGAGCUUAUUUUGUUUUCACCACCUGCUCUGCCAGAGAGAGUCAGUGCUCCUAUUAUUGACAGCUCUCCUAGCAAUAGUGUAUUGCCGCCAAACAUACCCCCUCUCCUGUCAGAUAAUAUGAUUCCUGAAGCAUUUGUUCCUGAGGUCUGGCCUGACCUCCAGCAAGGCACAAGUGAUGACCACAUCCGGGAGAGCUUAAAAAUAGUAGAGCAAAAGAAUAUAAAGCCCUAUGGUGCUGUCCCAUCUUAUGAAAAUCUUUCAAGGCAAGAUGAGUUUAAAUACUUGAACUACAAUGCAGUUCCACAAUACUCUAAAAUGAAUGCUACAAUGCAGGGAAUAAAUUCUGUUGCUGGUUUAACUCACCCACGUAGUAGACAAGGAUCAUCACAAUCAUCUUAUGAUGAAGGCAUUGAUCUCAGCAGAUCAUCGGGUAUGAGUAGUUCUAAAUAUUACCCAUCAGUGCAUGGGACUAAUCCUACAAGCCAGCAUUUAAAACCAAGCUUUUCUCCAUCGUUUAUGGACCAAGGUUAUAGAACUGGUCCACCUUCAGAGGGUGCAUACGCACAGAGUUCUAACUAUCUGUUCCAGCAACCAACAAUUUAUCAUGCACCAAACAUACUAACUGAUGGAUAUAUGGCAAGACAAGCUGCAGGACCUCCACCCAUCCCAUCUAGAACACUCAAACCUUCUUACACUGCCAAACCAGUGCAAGAGGAUGUAGGGGAUUCUGUCAAUGGCAGUGACCUGUUUAGUCCAACUGCACUAGCCAGAGGGCAAUCCCAGAGUGAAAUCAUCAUGAGCCAGACUUACAAAGUUGGGCCCACUACUCCAAACUUGGCACUGCCUAGCAGUAAGCAGUCACAUCUUCGGGACAAAAUGUCCAUCAGCAAAGCCAAUUCCCUGAAAUACAGCGGAAAAGGACAUUUGGUAGAACAGCAUUUGACAGGAACUAGAUCAGCUCAUAGCAUGGACUUGACUCUUUUACUUUGGAGGUGUAAAUCUUGUACAGCUGAGAACUCAGCCUCUGAAAAUGUGUGUUUUGCAUGUUCGUGCAGUAGGAAAGGCCCAGAUACUAGCCUGCAGCCAGAGUGUGGUAAAACCCAUAAAGCAUGUCCUAAAUGUACGUAUGAAAAUGCUCCUUCAAGAACAGAAUGUGAAAUGUGCAGGGAGAAGUUGCUAGAUAAAUUUACUUAUGUCUGAUAGAACACCAGUAGAUUUAAGGAGAGAUUUACUUAUGUCUGACAGAACACCAGUAGAUGUAAGGAGAGAUUUAAUUGAUUUUAUUUUUAUUCACAGGAUUUCAUUUUUUCUUUAUUUUUACAUUUUGGUGAAUAUUUAAUUGUGAGUGGUAAUCAGAUUGAAUGUCUGCCUUUAUUUUUUUUUUUAUAUUCAUCUGUGAUAAACAUUUAUAAAAAUUUCAGCAUUUUUGUGUUUGGAUUACAUGUGCAUUCUUUCCAACAACAUGGCUUGACAGAAUGAUGUCCUAGCAUCUAGACCUAGGAACUCUUGUAAGUAGUUUUUAUUGAACUGGUUCUUACCACACCAAACACUUUACAGUUUCAUUUCAUAAGAAAGCUGAAGGCUUAGCUCAAUGCCUGCACAACAAACCUCAUUUAAAUGAAAAUGUCAAUAUUAAAGUCAUUUUAUCUUAUACCACCUGGAAGAACUAUUCCUGUGUUGUGGUGGUUGAUCAAAUGGGCUUUCUAUUGUCAAAGUCUCAUUGUAGUUUCUUCUAUAUUUAAUCUAAUUUUUGUGUUUUAAAGAAAAAUACAUUUUAAAAUUAUAAUCAAUUAAAUAUUCAAACUUACAGAAACACACAUGAAACUUUUUUUCCCAAUUCAUUAAGUUGUUAUUUUUUUAUCUAGUAGGAGAUUUUUUAAUUAUUUUUUUUUGUUCAUUUAUCUAGUGUAUUAAAGUUAUGGCUCAAGUUUUUGAUAUGAUCAAUUCACUUAAAGACAAGUGGAUUGAGGGUUAAGGGAUCAAGUACAAUAUUUGUGCAAUUUUGUAUUUAGUAUGUCCCAGAGUCCACCCAGUUUUAAACAGUACUUGACUAUCAUUUUAGAAAUUAAAUUUGUUGCUUGAGUGCUGGCCACACCAUACCCUUGUUAGCCAUGGUCCCUUGAACAGCUAAGUUUUUGAGGAAACUUUACUUACUUAGUAUUAGGCAGUUUAGACACAAAUAUUUCUUUCAUAAAAGUUUUGUAAUUUUUUUUUUUUUAUUGUGGUGGUUAUAAUUGUAUAUUAUGUUAUUAUUUACUUAGUGUUGAAGAUUACAUGACACCUUGGUAUCCAUUGGACAUCAGUUCACCAAUGUUUUAGUCGAGCGUGAUUGUUUCCAGUGUCCCAACACUUGACCAGUAGAUAGUUUUCAAAGACAUAUUCCCAGUUCUGUUCAAACUCAACCUCAAAGGAUUUCCCUUUUGAUCUGGACUUUUUGUUUUGUCCAGGAAAGGCAUUUGUUUGUAUUCUUUCUUUAUAACUAAUGACUUGUUGUUUUGUAGAGUUGUUUUUUCUGUCUACUCACUGUUAAGUUUAGAAUUCUGAAAACUAUUUGAUUAAUGUAUAUAGUAUGGAAUUAUGGGAAACACAGGUUACAAUUGUAACAAUGAAUGAAUCACUUAUGUUUGAGUGGAACAAGGAAAAAUGAGCAGGUGUUACAUAUACAAAUUCAUAUAUUUAGCUUAUCUUGGUAAUAAAAUUGAUAAGGCAAAAUUAGCCUUUUAAAAGAUUUGGCUUUGAACCAAAUAUAUUGAAAUCUAAAGGAUGAAGUCAUUGUCAAUAAAUCAUGCUUUAUUAUAAUUCAAAUACAAAAUACCCAACCUUAUAGCUGCUGUCACUCAGUACAGUCACUAGUUCAAUGAUAAAAAAACAUCAAAGUUACUGGUACAUAUAUAUUUGUUAACAGUUUGUUUUUUCACAUUUUUCUAAAACUUUAAUCUUUUAUUUAGUUAAAUCUUUUCUAGUCAUAAAUCUUUUUUUGUUCUGAAUACUGGCAGGCAACAAUAAAUCUUGAAUGACUAUUUCACAUAAGAUUUCAAAUCUUCUAGUUGAUAAUGAAAGAAAAAAAAUGAAUAUUUUUUAAAAUGAUGUAUAUAGAUAUUACCAUUAUUUUAUGUGUUAUGAUUACAUGAAGGACUAUUGUGAAAAUAUAAAUUGAAAAUC